GGCGCUGGCAGGCGCUACUUGCGCCGAACGACACGCGGCGAAUGUGCCACUUUUUUGUGUUUUUUUUUUCCAUGUAAUUGUCAAAUCGCCGAUCGUGCCGAUCGGUAGUUGUGUGUUGCCUGUGCGCGAUUGAUUAUGGCUUUCGCGAUAUUCAAUGCGUCCGGCACCACAGUACAGAGGCUGCAAAGGAUUUUCCAGAGGGUUUACUCGGACGCGAAAUUUCCUGAGAUCACUACUCAUUAUACGGUGAAACCCAGGGAGACGGACUCAAGAUGGAAAGAUGUGAACAUGGAGAGAUACGUGGACGAAACCGACAUUCUAAUUGUCGGUGGUGGUCCAGCGGGAUUAUCGGCAGCUAUUCAGGCCCGUAGACUGGCUGAGAAACAUGGCAAGGAACUCAGGGUUACUCUUGUUGAAAAGGCAUCUGCGAUCGGUGGCCAUAUUCUCAGUGGCGCUUGCUUGGACCCGAUUGCCCUGAACGAGCUCUUUCCAAAUUGGAAGGAACUAGGGGCGCCGUUAAAUACUCCUGUCACGGAAGAUAAAUUUGCAUUUCUCACGGAAAAGAGGAGGAUAUCUAUACCUAUCUUCAAGGGGAUGCCAAUGUAUAAUCAUGGGAAUUAUAUAGUAAGAUUAGGCCACGUAGUGACAUGGCUUGGCGAGCAAGCAGAAGCUGCUGGCGUUGAGAUAUAUCCUGGUUAUGCAGCGGCAGAGAUAUUAUAUCAUGAGGACGGAUCCGUUAAGGGAGUGGCCACAAAUGAUGUUGGUAUUGCUAAAGACGGCUCGCCCAAAGAGACGUUCGAACGGGGUAUGGAACUUCAUGCAAAAUGUACCGUAUUUGCAGAAGGCUGUCACGGUCACCUGACGAAACAGUUAACAAAGAAAUUGAAUCUUCGGAAAGAUUGCGAGCCGCAGACAUACGGCCUCGGAUUGAAAGAAGUUUGGGAGAUAGAGCCAAGCAAACAUCGACCCGGAGCAGUGGAGCAUACGGUUGGCUGGCCACUUAAUAGAAAUACAUAUGGCGGAUCGUUUCUAUAUCAUUUGAAUGAAGAAACACCUCUGGUUGCAGUAGGCUUUGUCGUAGGAUUGGAUUACACCAAUCCUUACCUAUCUCCAUUUAAGGAGUUUCAGAGGUUUAAGGAGCAUCCUAGUAUUAGACCAACGUUUGAAGGAGGGAAAAGGAUAGCUUAUGGCGCUAGAGCGUUAGUGGAAGGUGGAUUCCAAUCUAUUCCCAAACUCCAAUUCCCUGGUGGUUGCCUUAUUGGAUGUACGGCAGGUUUUCUAAAUGUGCCCAAAAUUAAAGGAACUCAUAAUGCUAUGAAAAGUGGCAUGUUAGCUGCAGAAAGCGUUAUUGAAGCGAUCAUAGACGCGGAAACUAAUACCUCACCAACGAAAGGCUUAGAGCCGAAAACAUACACUGACAAAAUAAAGAGUAGUUGGAUCUAUAAAGAAUUGAAGGCCGUAAGAAAUAUGAGGCCCAGCUUCCACUCUUCUCUUGGACUUUACGGCGGUUUAAUGUACUCUGGUUUCUCCAUGUUACUAGGCGGAAAGGAGCCGUGGACUUUAUCCCACGGAGGUCCUGAUCAUAAGAAGUUAAAAUCCGCAGCUAAAUCGACGCCGAUAGAAUAUCCUAAACCGGAUAACGAGGUAUCCUUCGAUCUUCUGUCAUCAGUAGCUCUAACUGGUACCAAUCACGAAGCUGAUCAACCAGCCCAUUUAACUUUGAUGGACGACACUGUUCCAGUGAAGAGAAACUUAGCUGAAUUUGCUGGUCCGGAAGGUCGAUUUUGCCCUGCUGGUGUCUACGAAUUCGUGCCGUUGGAAAGCGGAGACGGCGAGAGAUUGCAGAUCAACGCGCAGAAUUGCAUCCACUGUAAGACCUGCGACAUCAAGGAUCCGAGUCAGAACAUCAAUUGGGUCGUGCCGGAGGGUGGCGGCGGGCCAGCUUACAACGGCAUGUAAAAAUAUAUCAAUCGACCAACUCAUCGAUUGGUUGAUUGCGUGAAUAUUCGAUGGUCCACAUUAUUUUACCGUUUAAUGUUGGUUUCAAAUGCUUUUCAACGAAACCUAUGAACGUAUUGCGGCAUGGUAAUCACAUUUUUGAUCGCAUGCUGUUAUAACGGUCUAAUUAUUGAAAUUGAAAUACGAACGGUGUAAUUAUUUUCCAUUCGAAUGAAUCAAUACAAUUACGGAUUAAUCCCGAUUCGUUAGAAACGAGCGAUAUAUCUUUCCAUUGCUGCUGGCGCACAUACGACCAAUUUCGUGACAUUAUAUAUAUCAUCGAUAUAUAUAUAGAUAUAUAUAUAACUUUUCAACCAUUGGGACAAUUUACAAAAUUUAUCCUUUGCUGAGAUAAUAUUUAUUGAAAUGCAUCGUUGAACAAUUUGAAAGAAUAUUACGUGGGAGUACAUUAAUUUGAUGAAAAUCUCGGAAAUAUCUUUGUGUUCUCCCUCUUUGCGAGGGGCUUUUAUUAAAUAAAACGUUUCUCUCGGAGAGACGCAAAAGAAACGCUUCCGAAGCGAUUGCGUAACACAGUGCUGUUGUUAUUACUUUUUGAUAGAGUUUGUAUAAAUAAAUUUGUAUAUUAUAUUAUAUUUUUAUACAGAGAGGCGAAUUGAAAUAUACAUAUGUACAAUCCAA